AUGAGUAUGCCCAAAGAAAGGUCCAUUUCUCCACACUCUUUUGGUGUUUAUCCUCAUGAGCGUGAGCUACCAUCAUCACUAUGUUGUCUUCGAAUAAUGUACUUGAGAACCGGAGUAUUGUGGUUGGCUUAUGGAGAGAUGGUAUGGAUAACAUCACAGCUUUCAUACUGGGCUGCGCAAGCUGUGACGAACGGAUUCCCGCAAAUAAUAAUUAUUAUUGGUUUUAUAUUUACUUUUCUGCAAAUAGUAUUCGUCAUUUUUCUAACAAAGGGUCUCAAAGAGUUCCGCUUAUUAUUUAUUGCUAUCUACUUAUUUGGUCUCGCCUUGAGAAUAGUCAUCUACCUCAUGUUUUUGAUAACAGUAGCUACUAUAAAUCUCAUGGAUUGGGAA